GCAAAAAAAAAAAAUCCCGGUGGUUUUUAAUCUGAAAUCACACCUAUACAUUGUGCAUGUUGCUGGGGAGACGCGGAGAGAAGCAGAUCAUUUUUUGACGGUUUCGGAGCAUCAGCAUCAGUCGGCGGAUGGAGAUGGAGAUGAAGGCGGAGGCAUGGUGGUGUCGGUGAUCUCAGACUGCAUGGUGGACAUUUAGCAGGUGAUUUAACAGGCUGGUGCCGCAUUUCCUGGCCGCCGCGAGCGACGCCGGUGGAGACGGUGAUGCUGUCGUCGUCAUUUUGCCACAGAGAGACAUAGAGAGACAGAGUGAUGGAGGAGGAGGGCGGUGUGAGAUCAGGCCGCCCCGAUCAGCAGGUCGGAUGCUCCGCCUGAAGCUGCAGGAGUCAUGAUAUGCAUGCUGGAUCAAAACAAUACAGAUCUUUGGAAAAGGUGGAAUACAAAAAAUCCCUGUGCGUAAAAGUGAGAAUGCAUCAUAUGAGUUCAGGGUGGAUUACAGAGCAGCAGGCCUCCAUCUGAAGCCAGAAAGAAGAAGAAGAAGAAGGAGAAGAAGAAGGAAACUGUUGCUGCUUUUUUAUUCUGGUGUUUCACCCAGCUGUUGCCACAAAGAUGACUCACUUACAGGCUGGCCUCUCUGCGGAGACCCUGGAGAAGGCGAAGGUGGAGUUGAAGGAGAACCCGGAGACCCUCCACCAGGACAUCCAGGAGGUCCGGGACAUGAUCAUCACCCGGCCAGACAUCGGGUUCCUCCGGACGGACGACGCGUUCAUCCUCAGGUUCCUCCGCGCCAGGAAAUUCAACCACUUCGAGGCGUUUCGGCUGCUGGCUCAGUACUUCGAGUACCGGCAGCAGAACCUGGACAUGUUCAAGAACCUGAAGGCGACAGAUCCGGGCAUCAAGCAGGCCCUGAAGGACGGGUUCCCCGGGGUGCUGUCCAACCUGGACCGGUACGGGAGGAAGAUUCUGGUUCUGUUCGCUGCCAACUGGGACCAGAGCAGGUACACCUUUGUGGACAUCCUGAGAGCCAUCCUGCUGUCGCUGGAGUCGAUGAUCGAGGACCCGGAGCUGCAGGUGAACGGCUUCAUCCUCAUCAUCGACUGGAGCAACUUCACCUUCAAGCAGGCGUCCAAGCUGACGCCCAGCAUGCUGCGGCUCGCCAUUGAGGGCCUGCAGGACAGUUAUCCUGCCAGAUUUGGAGGAAUCCACUUUGUGAAUCAACCGUGGUACAUCCACGCUCUCUACACCGUGAUACGACCCUUCCUCAAAGACAAGACCAGGAAGAGGAUCUUCAUGCACGGGAACAACCUGAACAGCCUCCACCUGCUCAUCCAUCCGGAGAUCCUGCCCUCGGAGCUGGGAGGGAUGAUGCCUCCAUACGAUAUGGGCACGUGGGCGCGGGCGCUGCUGGACCACGCCUACGACGAGGAUACCGACUACUGCCCUGAGUCCUACACCCUGUCAGUGCAGGACCUGGAGCGGGACCUGGAGAAGAACCUGUCCCCCAAAACCAUGAAGAGGUCUCAGUCUGUGGUGGAGCCGGGCGUCCUGAAGCGACCGGACAAAGUGAAAAGUGACGAGGACAACAUGCAGCCGCUGCUCUCGCUGGACUAAUCCACACACUCACACUCAGAAGCAUAAUCAAUAUCUACACACACAAACAAACACACUGACUUACCUGUGCACCUGCAAACACCUUCCUGCAAGAAAAAAAACGCUGCUGCUUCUGGACUCUUGUUUCUCUCCUGAACUGGAGGAAAAAUUCACGAGAGGAAGCAGAAAAGGACGAUAGGGACGUUUCCUCACACAGAAGGAGCAGCUACUGCUGUGGUCUAUAUAUUUAUUUAUUUAUUAAGUUAUUUGUCAAGUGCCAAUUCCAAAAGAAACUGUAAAUGUGAACAAUCCAGCCGCUCAGUGUGGAGACAAAGAGGAAGUUGAGAAGAUAUCAGAAAUGUGUGAAAACAUGGCUGACGAGUCAAAAACUGGAAACAAUACUUCACACAGUUCCCGAGCUGCAGUCUUUUUGUUUUUUUGGUACAGUAAUUUGGAGAAGCACGGCUCAGGAUUAGUGUCGAUAAUGAGCUUGUUCAACCUCCUGGACACAAAACUGGCAGACAGGCAGGCACUGGGAUUACUCUGAGAUUACUGGGAGGUUAUGGGCGACUUUCCUGUGAAAAUAAUAUCUGAAAUGCCGUUAUCUCGUAGAAAAGCAAACCCCCCUUUACGGUAAGAGCUGUCUUUAUAAAUUAUGUGUUUUUCUCCUCUUUUUCUGAUCCAUAUGUCACAGAAUUCAGUAUUUAUUCUGCCACAAGUAAACAAAAACAGGACUCCCCUCAUCUUCUUUGGCUGAAGAUGACCAAAAGAUGUAUUUUGAGGAUUUAAUAUUAAGGAUAGUCUUGUAAAAGCAAAGAGGUCAAACAUACCACCCUCUCCGUUGACACUCUUUCUGCCAAUAAUGAUCUUACAUAACCACAGUCUCUGUUUUCAAACACGUCAGUAUUAUAAGAUUUAACGACGCAUUUUCUGCAUGUUUUACUUAAAAAUUGCACUUAUUUAUUUGCAUUGUUUCAGUAUAUUAUUGGUGUUUUUUUAAUCAGUAUUAGUACCAUUUUAGACUCCUUAACACUUAUGAGCUUUCAAUCACAUUUCACAUCCAACUAUUAAUUAACAGGUUUGAUUGAACAUUAAUGUGCUAUCAUGUGAAAACAAACUUCAGUAAUUCACUUAUUUUGCCCUUUUUUGUCAGUAACUCUACGGGGCGUUGAGGUUAGGACCAGUAAAGUAUUUUUUAAGUAACAGGCGAUGUGUUUGCACUGACAAAAGCAAGGAAAAAAGACUGCCAGCUAUCAAAAAAUGACAUAAAAACAGUGCAGAAUGACAUAAACUUUACAUAAAAAUGUGUUUUGCACCUCGAGGAUACUCACAUUCACACACAUGUUUUGUUAAAAAACACUAAACAUAUUUCUCUCUUUGUGGUUAUAAGAAAAAACCCAACUGGCACCUUUAAGUCUCAAUUGUCCAACAGCACUUGAACGCACCUGACCUGCAGACUUAAUUAACGUUUACAAGCUGAUUAAACACAGAGUUAUAAAUGACCGGUAUAAGUUGCCAGUAAUUUAAUGUGUGCUUUAAGUCAUAUGCAGUAAAUAUUCAAGUUUUACCUCAGAAAAGUCUUAUUUUACAUAUUUAUAUUACAAUAUUUUAAUGUAGUUACGUAUUUUCAUUUAAAUUCUGCACUUGGACGAGCUUCUACUGCAGUGAAGAUAUAUAAAAACACCACCAAAUGUAUUUCUGUUUGCUCCACUCACCAUUUCUUAUGCUACACUGACUUCCAAAAAUAUAUUUCUUCAUAUGAAACUGGCACCAGCUGAAGGUUACUGUACUUUAGGCUCUUUCAAUUAAGCAACUCCAGUCACAUUGCACGAGGAAUGACACCCGAAUGUGACUGAGGAAAAGCCAGUCGGGCUGCGAGCAGACAGCGGAUCAGAGAGAGGCCGGCAGGCAGGAAGUGUGAGGCGACUGCAACCAGAGCAGACAGCUGGAAUGUAAAACUAUCACACAGCGAGCAGGACAUGUCACCCUCACUCACAACCGCUCAGAGGCUUUAACUGUGCAGAGAGAGAGAGAGACUGCUGCAGCCUCGCUGUGAUCCCAGCGCCGCGGAAAUCAGGCCGAGAUAACAAUCUGACACAUGUAACAGUGAUGUUUUAUUUAACAAUUUAACAUGUGGUCAGUCAACCCUCUGAGAGCAGACCAAAGCUGUACUGAAAGCUCUAUUGUCUCACAGGAAAAGUGCUAUUUAAAGUGGACCUAUCAUGCUAUACUUGAAUAUUAUAUUGUAGGGCCAUACCUAUAUAAAACAUGUCUGUGAAGUUUUUUUUUCAAAAUACCAAACAGAUCAUGCAUUUUAGCCAUGCCUCAUUUCGCUCUAUUUGCUCUUUUCCAGCCCUGUUUUUGCAAGGGCUGAUUCUGUGAGAAGUCUUCUUCGCUGCUUUUGUGGCAGACUACAGCGUCACUACAAAAGUGCAUUUUGCAUGAUAGGUCCCCUUUAAGGUUAAAUUCCCUUAUUACAGGAUUACAAGAGCGGUGCGGUGGUGACUUAUUUUUGUGGCAUUGCAAGGACUCCCUCAACUAAAAGAAAUGGGAUGUUUACACUUGAUUUUAGAUUAUUGCAACAACAAAAAAAAGCUCUGUGGCAAACUCACAUUUGUGAUACUUACAUGAUUUGUUCAGCAGGAUGAUUUCCACCUAUUAAGACAAUGUUAUGAUAAGUAAAGUGUGAAUGCAAUCGCCAAAAGUAAAAAGCUAAAGUGAGGCUAUAAAGGAACUACAGCACGGUCACAUGACUUCACGUCACCACCGCUAAUUCACCAGUGGGGUAUAUUUACUGACGUAUUUUAUGUCGUAGAACAAAGCGUUAGGACUCAUUGCUGCACCACUUUAUUGGCCCUUGUUUCUGUUCUCACAUGCACAGCACAUGUGCAAUUUAUGUUGAUAACACUGGCAGAUUAACCACUGAAAGUUUGUAGUUAUUAUUAAAACAGAAAACAGAAGAUAACAAUAGCAAGCAUCUCCUUUCUAGCCCGCUUUUGCUUAAACAGCUGUAGCUAAUGUUAGCAAAAAACGUUAUUUGUACUGAUUCGUGAGACAGUCAUUUGAACCUAUAUUGCUUCCCUAAAAAAUACUUAGGAUUAACAUCAAUACCAUUUUUGUCAAAUCUUAUUGAUGUUUGAUAAUAAAGGAAGAAACGCUGGAUUUUUUCAGCCAUUUUAGGCGUUACUCAGUUUAGACAAUUUGGGGAAAAUUGUACAGCUGCCAGUUUUGUGCACAUCAGAGAGACUGUAACGAACUGUGGGUCAAACAAGAAACCAGAAACCGUGUGUAUCAAGUGUUUUAAAAUGAUGUCCGUGCAUUUCGUAGAAAUCUGAGGUUUAUUUUCCACCAUUAUAACACACACACAUAGAGGAAAAGGCAGAACAAUCAGGAAUCAGUUGAGCUUUCAUGAUGUCAGUCAAGGAGAAGGGAGGGAAAACACACCAUAAACACACAACACACACACACCCCAUACUGUAUGUGUCCCCAUAAGGGAGGCGAGUCCCCACACGUGACUGUGUAAACAGAUGUAGGUCCCCACAAGGAUAGUAAUGCUAGGUCACACACACACACACACACACACACACACACACACACACACACACACACACACACACACACACACACACAGCCACUGUAGAUGCUUCCAGUUGUUAGGAUGCAAAGUUUACAUUUAAUAAACAUCUGUAUACUGCGUGAAUAUAACACAGAGCAGGAUGAUUGAUUAUUUUCAGAGUUACAGUGUUAGGUUACAGACUGCUGUUGUAAAUGGUAGAGUAUUUAGAGAAACACAAUAACACACAGGUACAAAUUUACAUUUUAUUACAAAUAUACUUUAUGGGGGUGAUGCUUUGUGCUUUACCACACAUUUAAGACUUUUUCUUGUCAGUAUUUUAUUAAAAUCUCAAGCUAUCCACCUUGUUUAUUCCACAGGUGACAGAUUGGUAUAUGUUGUAUAAAUUGUAAACAGAAUUAUGAAGUUAGUUUUUUUAUUUUUAAAGAAAUUCAGCCGUUUGAAUGUUUUUUCUGUGUUGUUGUUUCGUCUUUCCUGCUGACCUUGCAUCAAAUAUUUUUGCUGAAUCCAUUUCACACACCUGUUGAAACCGAUCAAUACGGACAUGUUCAUGGCUUUACAUUUUAAAUGGAAUACGUCCUGGAGGUUUUUUCCAAAAUGUUGAUUUAACGUUUGCACCUGUCGGCCCUCGUAAACGUGGACUCAAUCAAAGUGUGCAAAAAAUAUACAAUUUCUCUAUUUUAUUCAGUCUUUUCUUCACAAAAUGCAUCAAAAUGUGAUCAAUUGCGCUUUGUGAAUGUACACUCACUCGUUAUGUAUUUUCUUGGACUAACAAGAAUAAUUUCUCACUGACUAAUGUUUGAUUUAUCUCAGCCAAAGCCACCAUUAACAAAAAUGUAUUUCUUCUUGUGCUUUGAGAAUUUGGACACUGAAUGACUUUAUUUUCUAAUGAUUGAUAAUGCGCUGAAAAUGAAUGCAUAUCUACCAGUUAUGUUGAUUUUCUUAUCACUGUUCUUUGAUUGUAUAGUGACAGUAGGAGCUGAAGAGGAGACCAAACUCAAAGCUGAAAUUGUGAAGUUAUAACAGAAAGCCGGUUUAUUAUAGGAGCAAAAAACUGUUCAGUUAGCAGGUGUUAAAUGUAUUAAUGUCAUCAAAGACAAUUCGCUGAAAUGCAUCAUGUAAAACGAGCAAAAUAAAUAUGGACACACACACAUGUUCU